GAAAUCAUAUCCCAGCUAUGGCAUCAAACCACCCCAAACUCCACUGACCCAUCCGACCUCGACUGGGCCCCAUACAUGCUCUACUACAACACCCAAUGCAACACCGCCAUCCAAACCAACAAGGGCAAAUACACCACAAUCCGCAAACAUGUAGAUAUUCAAUCUGUCGCACAGCACAUGCACGCCUCCACUCCCAAAGCGGCCAUAAAAUUCCACAUCCAACCCUCCAUGCGGGGAAGCCGAACCGCCGAAGAAGCAGACAUCAUGCUCGAAGGUUCAGUCAUGCUCGUCGCCCGCCUCCUCAGCAUGACAGACAUCGGGCCCUUACCCUACACCCGCCGCGGAACCCACCACUCGCUCACCUGGACAUGCCCAACAUCCAGCCUGCAAGAUCUCCUCCGCUCACAUUUCGUACCGCAGGACCCGGCAUCCUACGAGCAAGAUAGCUCGGACAUGCUCUUCGACGAGCACUUUACAGCCUACAAGCUCUACCGCUACUGCGGCGUCGAAAUCUCUUGGACAAGUAACCUGGCAGACCACCUGCACCUCUCGCGGGGUGGCAAGCAACUCUACAUCUUCCACCACGCGUCCUUUCUGCAAUGGCAAGAUGGCGUGCUGCCGGAUGGUCUGGCCGCGGAGACGCUGGAUACGCUUGCCCUGCUUUUCCCGGCCAACGAUGCCAAAACGAGGGACUGGGUCACGCAUGCACCGCCGCUGGCGGGCGUCGAUAUGCGCAUUUUGGAACUAGGCCGGUUGAGGGAUUGCCGAGGGAGCGACUUUAGGUAUUGGAGGAAAAGGCUGGGGGCGCUGGAAAGGGUCUUCGAGGCGCCGCAUCGGGGGUCGAUUGCGCAGCAGUGGCGGGAUAGACGGGAUAAGGCGCAGUGGUACACGUUUUGGGUUGCCAUGGUGAUUUUGUGCUUGACGGUGUUUUUUGGGGUGGUGCAGAGUGUCGAGGGGGCGUUACAGGUAUACAAGGCGUACCAUCCU